AUGCGAAGAAUGGAAUGGGAUAACAUGGGAGUGACAGUUGACGGCUCGCAGCUUCACCAUCUUCAUGUCGUUGACGACAUCGUUCUGAUAACAUCAAGCAUCAAUCAGGGGCAACGAAAUCUGAUCAAAUUUGAUGAAACGUGCAAAAAGGCCGGCCUCCAGCUGAAUCUGGACAAGGCGAUGUUCACGAGGAACGGAUGGGCUUUGAAACAAGGGAACGAAUGCUCCAGCAAUACAUAUCUAGGUCGGAAAACCAACAUGAUGAACGACCUAACUUCCGAGCUGGCCAGGAUGAAACAAGCCUGA